CGGACGGGAAAAAAUAAUGCAACAGAAGCAUCCAUGGAUGAUUAUAAGAUUAGAUUCCGAGUGAUCCAAUCUGGUCCACGAACUGUUCUAGAUCUGACACAUUCUGGUCAGAAAUCCAUGCACUGUACUAGAGCAGAGGAGUUAGUGCCGUCCUGGACUAUUCGGUACCAGUUCUUGGACGCAGGAAGGGGACUGAAGAAAUUUCUAUGUUGAGGGCUACCAAAUCUCUGAAGUCUGAAGUAGAUAGUUAAGGAGUUGUACACUUGUAUCUCCGUCAGAAGCUGUGGUACCAAUUUGCUCUCUUGCAGAAAUGGUGUCGAAAAAUUUGCAGUUCAUCGGCGCGUUCUUGCUGCCACUCUUCGCCAUCGCUUCCUCGUUUGACUUCUUUCACGGGAAUAACCAAAGAAUGGAACCGAUGGGCGGCGACAAGGGCCCCUUCAUCCCCCACGAGUACGUCCGCUUCGCCGACGUCAAGCGGCAAUGCCAGUCCGUGCUCUCCGACGCCGCGGAGCUCACGUUCGACGCCAACCGCGCCAACGCCCUCAUGCCGGAGUUGUCCUUCGUCAAGGGCGACUGGAAGCAGGACGUCGAUGGCGCGCCGCUGAUGCCGUUCGACGGCACCGACGUGGCGGGCGACGCCGCGGACGGAGCGCCGGAACCCCUGUCGCUCGCCUCGUUCAUGCUAACGCACGUCGACGUGGGGCGCCGCGGGAAGACGGCCCUCAACGUCAGCGGCGUGCUCGGCGUCGCCAUCUCCCGCAACGGCACCGGCCCGGAGAUGGGGCCGUACGUCUCGCCGGAGAUGAAGUUGUGGCCCGGGAGCACAGAGAUCAAGAUCCUCUUCGAGGGCGUGUACACCGAGAACGGCGACGGAGAGAGCGUGCUGUGCAUGGUCGGCAACGCCCUGCUCCCGAGGCGCGGAAACGACGCCGGGAACCCAUGGGACUGGGCCAAGAACACCGACCGCGACAACUUCCAGCCGCCGAUCACGAAGGACGAAAACGUACUUCUCGUGCUCCGGUACCCCAAGACGCUGACGCUGACGACGCGCGCCGUGCGCGGCGAGCUGACGAGCACGAACGGCAAGUCGGACGCUGCGUACUUCGACGCCGUGCAGCUGCUGUCGCAGCUGGGAGGGUACUCCAACUACAAGUUCGGCUCCGAGGAGCUCGUGGACAAAGCGUGCAGCUCGCACCCGUACCGCGACGACAUCCUCGGCGGCGGUCGGGGGCUGUACAAGGGCAGAUCCUACUGCGGCAUCCUGGACCGGUUCACGUCGGAGGACAUUCUCGCCGUCGUGCCGAAUUGGCGGUGCAACUCGACGGAUGCGCUCUGCCGACGGCUCGGGCCGUUCGAGACGGACAAGGCGAUCGACGCGACGGAUGGCGUUUUCACUGACGUCAGCAUCCUGAUGCAGGACGUCCGGUGCGAGCCGACGAACGCUCUGAACGGCGUGAGCUCGGCGAGGGUGUCGGCCGUGUUCCGCGCCGUGCCACCGUGGGAGCACAAGUACGCUGCGGGCAAGCGUAGCGGGCUUAGCGGUAUGACGCUCUCGGUCGAGGGCGUGUGGCGCGCGUCCACGGGGCAGCUCUGCAUGGUGGGCUGCCUCGGCGUCGGCAAGAAGGCGUGCCACUCGCGCGUGUGCCUGUACGUUCAGACCACUUUCACAAUCACCCACCGCAGCAUCACGGUGGGGCAGAUCAGCCGCGUAGACGGCAGCGGCGGCGUCGCCCACUUCCCGCUGACGAUAAAACGCACGGUGCACCCGUCGGAGCUCUGGCACCGGUUCGGCGUCUCGGGCGGCGCGGCGCUGAGCAUGGCGUACAACUACACCAAGCACAGGCAAGCCGGCGAGUUCCUCAGGCGGAGCGAGCCGUUCGACUUCGGCACCGUCAUCGCCAAGUCGCUGUUGAGCUACCCGAGGAAAGCCGCCAACCUAGCCGACGACGCGGUGAGCCUGUCCAACCUCGCCGACGAUCUCAGUCUCCACGUCGCGGCCGUACCCGACCCGUUCCCUCGUGAACGGUUCGAGCGGCCGUUCCUUCAGCUCGAGGUGCUCUCGCUCGAAUCGCUCGUCGGCCGGACUUCGCAGACCGCCGCGUUUUCUGGAAUGCCAGAAGAACAAGGAGGCGGCAAGGAAUCCUCGUCCACGUCGUCGCAGCCAGAGUCCUCGUCGACAUCGUCGCUGCCUACAGAGUUGUCUCUGCUCAACGUGUCAGCGGAGCUUACGCUUCCCGGCGGGAAGCAAUACGAAAAUGUGUCGACCCUGUUCUUGGAAGGCGUGUACAACCCGGUGGACGGCCGUAUGUACCUGAUCGGCUGCCGGAGCAUUCAGGUUCCACGGCGAGCCUUCUUGGCGAUGAAAGAGGUAGAGGACGGCAUGGACUGCUCGAUCGAGAUGAGGGUGGAGUACCCGCCGACGACGGCGCGGUGGUUGAUCAACCCCACCGCGAAGGUGCACAUCGCCAGCACGCGGGACCCCAGCGACCCGCUGCACUUCAACGCGACGGUGCUCCAGACGCUGCCGAUCAUGUACCAGACGCAGCGGCAGGACAUCCUGUCCAGGCGGAGCGUGGAGGGGAUCCUCCGCAUCGCGACGCUGACCGGGGCCAUCGCCGCCGAGUUCAGCCAGCUGAUGUACAUCAAGGCGAACACCGACGUGAUGCCGUACGUGUCUUUGGUCAUGCUGGGCGUGCAGGCGGUUGGGUACAGCGUGCCCCUGAUCACCGGCGCGGAGGCCCUGUUCGCCCGCAUAGCCGCGGUCUCCGACGGCACGCCGCCGUCGUACGAGGUGGACAAGAGCAGCCUCUACUGGACCAUCGACUGCAUUGUCAAGAUCCUCAUCCUCGCCGCGUUCCUCCUGACGCUCCGUCUCGGGCAGAAGGUGUGGCGGUCGCGCAUCCGGCUGCUGACGCGGUCGCCGUUGGAGCCCGGCCGCGUGCCGAGCGACCGGAAGGUGCUCCUCUACAGCUUCGGCGCGCACCUUGUCGGCUUCACGGUGAUCCUCAUGGCGCACUACGUAAGCGUGUACAGCCGGCCGGUGCGGGACGAGGGCUCCUACAUGGACUCGCGCGGCAAGACGCACGCGCUGCGCGAGUGGGCGGUGACGCUGGAGGAGUACAUAGGGCUGGCGCAGGACCUGUACCUCCUCCCGCAGGUGAUCGGCAACGUGGUGUGGCGGAUCAACUGCAAGCCGCUGAAGAAGAGCUACUACACCGGCGUGACGGCGGUGCGACUGCUGCCGCACCUGUACGACUACAUCAAGACGCCGGCCAUCAACCCCUACUUCGCGGAGGAGUACGAGUUCGUUAACACGAGCCUGGACUUCUACUCCCGGUUCGGCGACGUCGCGAUCCCGCUCGCCGCCGUGGCGCUAGCGGCCGCCGUGUACGUGCAGCAGCGGUGGAACUACAAGAUCAUCAGCAAGACCGUCAAGACGCAGCAGAAGAAGCUGCAGCACCUCGGGUCCAGGGUGUACGAGCGUCUGCCGUCCAUGUCGUCGGGGAACUUCGAGGCCGAGCUCGUCUCCGGCGUCAACGAGGGAGUCGGCCUGCGCCGAGACGGCAGCUUGAGCUGAGCUAUAACCAUCGAUCAGCUCGCUAGUUCGCUUGCUUUCUUUUUCUCCUAGCGCGAUGCUCUUUGUUUUUGCCAUCCGUCUUCACUGCCAAAUGUGUACUGCUAGUAGUUCAAUAAAGUUUCUUUCUUUUUCUUGAUAGCUAUGGUUCACAGUUAUGCAGCCAUGCUCAUAUGAAUUGCAUGCCGAAUUGUCAUGGCAUCGCUGAUAGUGUUC